UGCUGAAGUGACAGGAGUAGCCGUCGUGCCCAAGUCCAUGCGCUCGCCCUGCUCUCGCUGAAAUUUUCCAGGUCGCUCUACGUCUUGAAUGUGUCGAAGAUAUCGCGGCAUCUCCGCCGCGGCGCUGCUGGCCGGCGUCUCCGUAGCGUCCGCAGCACCUGCCUUCGGAAGCAGCCAGGGCCUCGCAGGCGCCGAACCCAUGGCGGCAGCAGCACAACCCCUCGGCAGCAGCAGCGUUGAUUUCCCGCGGCUGGCUGCCAACCACUCAAAAGUGUUGAGUUACAUCAUCGGCAUCGUCGGCGCUGGCGGCAAAGCCGAGAGCUUCCCUCUGACCACCGACCUGGCGACGCAAGGCACCGAGUUUAUUGCCGAGGCUUUCGCUGCCAUCGACUUGCUCGGCAGACUGAGCUGGCUGGAGUUUGCCAAACCCGACCAUCACCUCCUCCGACUCGCGGCCAACCCGCAUCUCCUCGCCAUGCUGGUGCAAGUCGCGUGGUCCACCUUCUUUCCGGAUCCGAGACUGGGCGUGUACAGCCGCGCGCUCUCCUUCCUCCUCCUCCUCCUCCAGCUAUUCCGCAACCCGCAGUUCGACCCGAACGCGCCCCCGGUCGUGCCGCUGGCGAUUGACCUCCGGGAGGAGGUGGAGCCUCUUGUGCAGCUCUCGCCAGAGACGGUCCCGUGUGGGCACGCCGGCACGCUGGUGCAGGCGUCGCACAUCGCCGGCGGCGGCGGAGCCUUUUUCCGCGCGUACGGCGAGGUGAUGCACUCGGGGCUCGUCCCUCGCCACGCUAGCCCCGGCGGGCAGGGCGACUGGCUGCCUGGUGAGGACCCGAUCCAGGUGAUCCAGUGGGGCCUCGGCCCGUUUGCGUGGCCAGCCUUCCGCAACAUCUCGCCGUGGGGCAGCGAGCGGAUGGGCGUCGGCGGCGCCGGCUGGGCUCCGGGAGAGCAGCCGGCGGAGGCGUACUCUGCGUACCGCUACUCUGACGCGGCGCUCGAGGCGCUAGUCUUCGAGGGGUGCGGCCAGCACCGCGUGGUGAAGGCAAAGGCCACGCGGCUCUACCCUAAGGAGAAGAAGGUGGUGUGCACCGACAUCUUCAAAGAGAAAGAGUGCGUAACCUGCCCAGCCGGCGAGGAUGCGCCCGCCGGUGCCUACUACGCCGUCCCUCUCGGCUGGGCGGCGGCGGCGGAGGUGGAGGAGGGCUUCGCUCGCCUCGGCGCCGAUGGGUACUUCGACGAGCGCGGCCGCGUGGUCGCCAUCGUGCGAGGCGGGCGGGUCUACACUCCCAGUGGCGCGCUCGGCACCGGCCGCAGCUGCACCACCUCGCACCGCUUCCUGGGCGACCGCCACCUCUGCUCCGCCUGGUCCGACGGCUGGCUCCACGCCAAGCUCGCCUUCCGAGGCACGCUCUUCGCCGUGGUGACGGCGGUCGACCACCUGCAAGGAACGCACCUCACCUGGGGCAACUCGCUCUCGCUGUCGAGCCUCGAGGUGCUGCCGACGGCACACCCGCUCCGCCGCCUGCUGUCGCCCUUCGUCCACGCCACCGCCGCCGUCAACUACAACGCCGCGGUGAUGCUCCUCGCGGAGGAGUCGCUGCUGCCUCGCGCCACGGCGCUCACGCGGGACGGCUUCCGUGCAGUCUUCGCCGCGGGGAACGCCUCCGACGCGCUGGCCUUUGCCACCGACGGGGCAGAGUACUAUGCCAUCCUGCGCCGCUUCGUCGAGCGGUACAUCGGCGCGGAGGUGCGCUGCGACGAUCCGCUGGUGGCGGCGUGGUACAGCCGCCUCGCCAGCCUACUCCCGCGAGGAGACCUCCCGCCCCUCUCGUGCGGCUCGCUCGCGGACGUGAUUGCGACGUUCGCGCACCACGUGUCGGCGCUGCAUGGACACGUCGGCCAGGUGGCGGGCGAGGUGGAGGACCCGUGCUUCGCCCCAUUCGCGUGGCGUGAGGGCGAGCUCUGCGGCACGCCGCGCCAGUCCCUCGCCCGCGCAUCCAUCAUGGCGGCGACAGGAAACGCGAACCCGCGGUGCGCCGCCCCCGCCCCAUCCUCUUGCUUCCUGCGCUCUGCCCCGACCUGCCAACGCUAA